GCUUCCUCAUUAUCUUUCCUUUUCAUCCUCUUUAACGCCAUCCCCUUCUCUCUCUCUCUCUCUGAACUUCCUUUCUCUAUUCUCACCGCUUCAUCAUCUCUUCCGAUUUAGUUUCUUCUUGGGCUCCUCAUUAACUCUUAUCUCUUUCCUCUGCCAUCGCCAAAACCUUAGCUUUUGCCUUCUUAUUUGAUUAGUUAUAUGGGCUGAACUAGGAAUUUCAUGGGAGUUGUGGAGGAUACUGAACCUCCUUUGAAACGUGUGAAACGCGACGAAACCAACGGCUUCUCCUCCGCCUCCGGUAACUCUUCUGUUAGAGGUAGUAGUAGUAGUAGUGUGACCAACUCUUUGGGAGACCUGAUGGCAAGGCCUCUCACCACCUCCCAAGGAGAUGAUGAAACUAAGACUAUAGGCUCCAAAGGUGUCAUUAAAAAAUCUGAAUUCGUUAGGCUUAUCACUAGGACUCUUUAUUCACUUGGUUAUGGUAAAACCGGGGCUAUGCUUGAGGAAGAAUCCGGGAUCCCUCUGCAUCAUUCCUUCGUGGAGACGUUUCUGCAGCAGGUUAAGGAAGGGAAAUGGGAUGAAAGUGUUGUCACGUUGCGCAGAAUCGGGAUGUUAGAUGAGAAGGAUGUAAAAGCUGCUUCGUUCUUGCUCCUAGAGCAAAAGUUCCUAGAGCUUUUGAGAUUUGAUAAGGUAGGUGAUGCGCUAGCCACCUUGAGGAACGAGAUUGAGCCUCUUCGUAUUAAUACAAAGCGUGUUCAUGAGCUCGCUUCCUCUCUUAUUAUAUUACCUUCCACUUCGGGUUCGGGUAAAGAAAAUGUGAGUUCAAGGUCCAAGGUUCUGGAGGAACUGCAAAACUUGCUUCCUGCUUCUGUUGUAAUCCCAGAGAAGAGGUUGGAGAGUUUAGUUGAGAAUUCACUUCAUAUUCAGCGGGAUGCUUGUGUUUUCCAUAAUACUCUAGAUAGUGAUCUGUCUUUGUAUUCUGACCAUCAAUGCGGGAAGCACCAAAUCCCUUCUCAGACUGUUCAGAUCUUGGAGUCGCAUACCGAUGAAGUUUGGUUCUUGCAAUUCUCUCAUAAUGGCAGAUAUUUAGCUUCAUCUUCCAAGGAUCAGACCGCAAUUAUAUGGGAGAUCAACGCUGAUGGGCACAUGUCACUGAAACAUAAGCUUGUGGGCCACCAGAAGCCCGUGACUGCGGUAUUAUGGAGUCCUGAUGAUCGUCAAGUUCUUACAUGUGGAGCAGAAGAGGAUAUCAGACGGUGGGAUGUUGAUUCAGGAGAAUGCGUUCACACGUAUGAGAAAUGCGGUAUUGGUCCCAUUUCUUGCGGAUGGUAUGCUGAUGGGAAGGGAAUAAUCGCAGGGAUGACAGACAGAAGCAUUUGCAUGUGGGAUUUAGAUGGCAGAGAGAUGGAAUGCUGGAAAGGUCAGAGGACGCAAAAGGUCUCAGAUAUAGCAAUGACCGAUGAUGGAAAGUGGCUUGUUAGUGUAUGCAAGGACUCUGUGAUAUCCCUGUUUGAUAGGGAAGCGUCAUUUGAGAGAUUGAUAGAAGAGGAAGACACCAUUACAUCGUUCUCGCUUUCCAACGACAACAAAUAUCUUCUGGUGAAUCUCAUCAACCAGGAGAUCCGUCUCUGGAGUAUUGAAGGUGACCCCAAGAUUGUGACCAGAUACAAAGGCCACAAGCGUUCACGGUUCCUCAUCAGAUCAUGCUUUGGUGGCUAUAAACAAGGUUUCAUCGCUAGUGGAAGCGAGGAUUCUCAGGUAUACAUAUGGCACAGAUCGACAGGGAAGUUAAUCGUUGAGCUACCAGGACAUGCAGGAGCGGUUAACUGCGUGAGCUGGAGCCCAACGAACCUUCACAUGAUGGCUUCAGCUAGUGAUGAUGGCACUAUAAGGAUAUGGGGACUUGACCGGUUUAAACCACAUAAACAGGAGAAGCAAGUGCAAGGAAGUAGCAGUAAUGGUGUGCUUCACCAAUGCAAUGGGAACUGAUUAUGAUACCUUUUCUUUCUUUUUUUAAAUCUAUUUAACAGUUAUGUUGUUUCUUCUUUAUCAAACCUCUUUUUAUUUGUUUCCUUUGGCACUGGAAUCAAAAGAAAGAAGGCAAAAGCUGUUUUUAAUUAUGAACUCUUAAGUGGUGAAGGCAAAAAGAUGCAAUUGCAACAUUUAUUUCAUCUUUCAUGCUCUUCUUCUCAUGAUGAUUCAUUGUAUAUAAGAUUGAAUGGUAGCGUUUCCAAUUCUAUACAAUUCAUUUAGAC